UUUUGUCUUGUUUUGGUCCCCACAUGCCACAUUUCACCACCUCCCCAACCGGGCUAAACCUUUUUCCAGUCUCCAACCCGAAAAUAUCGGGUCCAUGGAACCUAUGGUCCCCACCCAUCUCCGUAUACGAUACGUAUACCUUCCCAAACUUCCUUUUGCAGGGGAAUUCCUAGAUUUUUUUUUUAAUUUUCUUUUACUAAUUUUUUGGGUUUUGUUGGUUUUUUUUUUUUUUCUCUUAUCUAAUCUACCCACAAAAAGAUCCUGUCUUCGGUUUGGAACAACAAAGAAGGUUAGAACUUGUAGGAAAAAAAUGCCACCUUGCGUUGAUUAGCCAUGAACUUCUUAGCUCCAUGGCAUUCACGGAUGGUGGUAUUUUGACUUUUAAAGCCUAAAGAGAAAAAAAAAAAUUGGAGGAAGGGUUUGCUACCAUGAUUAUGAAUCAAAAGCUUUGUUGUUGUUUGAUAGAUUGAAGAAAGGGUCUUUUAAGUGUGGAUAGAUUUAAUGGGUUUCAAGUGAUUCUCUUUCUCUUUCUCUUUUUUUUUAAUGGAGAAGAGAUUAACACCAGUCAGAGUCUUGUUCUUGAUGAUUCUUCUUCAUGGCUUUGAUUGGUUUCAUGAUUUCAGUGAAACCGAAGUUUGAUUUUUCAGUGGUGAAUUGUUGAUGGGUUUGAAGAAUUUUAAUUUCUUGAGCUCUGUAUAUUGCCUAGUAGUAUUGUUUCAGGAACAGUCUCUUGAUUGUGUACCUUCUUCUUGAAAGGAGGAGGAAAACAUAGAAGGGAAGCUUUAGGUUUGAGGUCUUGUAGCGUUUCAAUUACCUUGGAGUGAAUAGCAGGGUUAUCAGAAAUGGCAGACGGGCCUAAUUCUUGGCUUAGGAGAACGAAGUUUUCUCACACGGUUUGUCAUAGAUUGGACUCAUCUGGAUUGGUCUCUUUUCCUUUCCACCAACAAUUAGACAGGUAUCCAGAGAGGAGUUUUGGAUGGAAAUCAAGGUCAACAGUGGCUGCUUCUAAUGAGAAAUCAGUUCAAAGUGAUCCACUGAUCCAGCAAAAUCCAAUCACAAACAAGCAAAGAUCUGUGUCUCCUCUCCCUCAGACUGUUCUCUCUGAUACAUUUAAGGAAGCCAGGUCUGAGAAGAGGAGAUUCUCAACUCCACAUCCUCAAAGGAAAGAAUCGGACAAGCGAAUAAGGGGAAAGUUUAUCCACAAAGAAUCCCAUGACAAGAAACGGUGCAAUUCACCAGCGCCAUCAAAUUCAAGCCCCCUUAGGCACCUGGGUUCCAUGAAGGCUUCAGAUAACUCAAAGAGCAGGAAGGAAUCAGCUUGGACUAAGUAUUUUGACCAUGCUGGAGGAAGGGUUAACGCUGUAGAAGCAGCUGAUGAACACACUGUUGAACUUUCCCAGCUAUUUCUUGGGGUUAGAUUCGCGCACGGUGCUCAUAGCCGGCUCUACCAUGGGAUAUAUAAGGAGGAAGCUGUUGCAGUUAAACUUAUUAGGGUACCAGAUGAUGAUGAAAAUGGAAACUUGGCCGCUCGAUUAGAGAAACAGUUCAAUAGAGAGGUUACUCUUUUAUCUCGGCUCCACCAUCCAAACGUUAUAAAGUUUGUAGCGGCAUGCAGAAAGCCACCGGUUUAUUGUGUUAUAACAGAAUAUUUAUCAGAGGGUUCAUUAAGGGCAUACUUGCACAAGCUUGAUCAAAAGUCUCUUCCAUUGCAAAAGUUAAUUGCUAUUGCUCUGGAAGUUGCUCAUGGAAUGGAAUAUAUUCAUUCUCAAGGAGUCCUUCAUCGUGAUCUUAAACCAGAAAACAUCCUUAUUGAUCAGGAAUUCCACCUGAAAAUUGCUGAUUUUGGAAUAGCUUGUGAAGGGGCAUAUUGUGAUCUACUGGCAGAUGACCCAGGGACUUACCGUUGGAUGGCACCUGAGAUGAUCAAAAAGAAACCGUAUGGACGGAAGGUGGAUGUCUACAGCUUCGGACUAAUCUUGUGGGAAAUGUUAGCUGGAACAAUCCCAUAUGAGGAUAUGAAUCCUAUCCAAGCUGCUUUUGCAGUUGUGAACAAAAAUUUGAGACCUGUUAUCCCAGGAGAUUGUCCCUCCGCCAUGCGAGCUUUAAUUGAGCAAUGUUGGUCGUUGCACCCAGACAAGAGGCCUGAAUUUUGGCAGAUAGUGAAGGUGUUGGAGCAAUUUGAGUCCUCCCUUAAUCGUGACGGAACCCUGGAUUUGGUACAGAACCCAACUUGCCAAGAUUAUAAGAAGGGGCUCCUUCGAUGGAUUCAAAAGCUCGGUCCCAUGCAACCUCACUCCAAUGCCUAUAGUUCACCGAUGCUUAAACUUAAAUUCACAUGAAUCCUUUUUGUAACCUGGCUUUUUUAGUGUCACCGGGUACAAAAGGUUCGUUUUCUAAGCUUCUUUAUUUGUAUGUUAUGUCACAUUCAUGUGAGAAUGAAUGAAAUAGAUUGGUAGGCAUGCCUUAAGGUAACAAGUUUUUUCAGACUCUUUUACCAUUAUACACUAUACAUACACAACAAAUGGUCAUUAUUUUGAGCAGGAAAUUAAAAAUAUUGACCAGAAAAACAAAUUGAAAAUCAUUUUGGUUUUUGGAAAGUUCAUGUUUCAGAUUGCUAUUCUCAAAUAAAAAAUCAGCUUCAACAUUACCCA